AUGCAGCCUCAGUACGCUCGUGAAACUCAGCACUCGCAUAGCGGCCUGCUUGACACUACUGUGGAAGAAACAGGACAGGAGCAAGGAGGUUCAUCUUCGGGGAAUGGAACUCCUGCAAAUGCUGGCAGCACUCGCACAGGCACCAAUAAAGCAACUACUACGUCUAGUGCUUCUAGGACCAUGUUAAACGACUAUCCUCCUCCGGGAGCUCUAUGGGAUAACAAGAUUGACCUCGUCUCUGCUCGUGGAGCCGCGAAUAAGGACCAUGAUAAGCGUGAUACGUCUCCGACGAAGAUGAACAUCUCUACUUCCACUUCUUCCAAUACUAGGCUAUUCACUUCUGGCAAAAAUGCCGCGGCGGGGACCAAUGUCACAGUCAGUACAACUGGUUCUAUGUCGUCCUCUGCUGCGGAUGCUUCCACUACAGGAGUGUCCACCUCCUCGAACAACAACAACAUCACUGCCACGAUUCCGCCACUUGGUUGGAGGCGGCGCACCGGAAGCUUAGCGGUAGUAGACCCACCUUCGCAGCUACCUUUGGACUCGUCGUUGGGAGAGACCGUGUUGCCGAUUCCCGUUCGUCGGAGUGUUCAGCACCCUCAUUCAGCCGAUUCCGUUCGUGGAAAUCCUCUUCAUAGUUCUUGGAAUUCGAUGUCAACAUCUUACCAUAACUACUCCAGUUCUUACCAACCGGGUCAAUACAACUACAGUGGCGGGCCUGGAUCCUUCUAUCCAUACCAACAGCCGCACCCUCAUCAGCAUCAUUAUAAACGACGUGGAAGCAGU